GCAGCGGUGCAUCAGGACAACAUCGGGCCCGGCCGCUGAAGAGGACGGCGGUGAAGUUAUCAGGAAAAAUUAGUACCUGCAGUAAGAUCGUUUCGGUACAAGAAGUUCCCGUCCGUGUAGUGGCCUUACCAAAAAUAUCUCACAGAUUAAGCCAUGUCAACCCCGGCUAGAAGGAGACUUAUGAGAGAUUUUAAACGUCUCUUGUCCUGAUGCAUCUCAGUAAUCCAGACUACAAGAAGAUCCUCCAGCUGGUGUCAGUGGUGCCCCAUCUGAAAACAACAUCAUGGUGUGGAAUGCUGUCAUUUUUGGCCCUGAAGGAACUCCAUUUGAGGAUGGUACAUUUAAACUCAUUGUAGAAUUCACAGAAGAAUAUCCCAACAAACCGCCCACGGUACGGUUUGUCUCUAAGAUGUUUCAUCCAAAUGUCUAUGCGGAUGGCAGUAUAUGUCUAGACAUUUUACAGAACCGCUGGAGUCCCACUUAUGAUGUGUCCUCUAUUCUUACAUCUAUCCAGUCCCUGCUGGACGAGCCGAACCCCAACAGUCCAGCCAACAGUCAGGCAGCUCAGCUGUACCAGGAGAACAAACGGGAGUACGAGAAGCGUGUGUCUGCUAUAGUUGAACAAAGCUGGCGSGACAGUUGACCUAACAACUCUAAAAGCAGCUCGCUCCAUUGUUAAGCUGUGUGUGCUUCAAGUUUUAGUGGAGUAAAUCUUGAUUUUAAAACAAUUUUUGUUCCCCCCUUUUUUUAUUUUAAGCUUUUAUGCACUUUACCUUCAACUUGAUAGWGUUUUUCCUCUUUGUUUUUGGCCCAGGUUUUUCCUACACAUCUGUUCUAGUCAGUCAGGGAAAAUGUGUGAAUAUUGCCUCGGUGUUCUGUCAGUAUGGACUAACAGACUAUUACAGAGGAAAAAGAAAAAAAAACCUCUGUUUGCUGUAGAAACUUCCCAUGACCUUUUAUGUUUAUUGUCCACAGGGGUGCAUCAGCUACGUCAUGGGUCCUCUUUAGUUGUGCGCCUGAUCUCGUCAAUUUUCACAAUGCAGUGGAAUAAUAAGCAGCCUGAGCAUUACAGCUAAAUCACACGUUGACACAGAGUCCUUUGCUGUGUUGUGAACUGUUACAUGCAUGACAUUAUGUUUUCACAAUCCUGUUGAGUUCUCGUGUAUAUAACUAAAGAAAGCUGCAACUGAAAUUAUGUACAGAUUUUGCACUGGUUGUCCUUCACGUCACUUUUUCCAGUACUUGUAAAUAAACAUCAUCCUUAAGUGGGA